UUACUUUGGUGUCAGCUCCCCAUUUGGCACGGUCUUAUCAUCAUUUAUUUCCUUUGGAUGCUUUUCAAGAAAUUCCCCUAGAAGAAUAUAAUGGAGAAAGAUUUUGUUAUGGAUGCCAGGAGGGCUUGAAAGACCAACAUGUCUAUAUUUGCAAUGCGUGCCAAAAUGUUUUCUGUGUGGACUGUGAUGUUUUUGUUCAUGAUUCUCUACACUGUUGUCCUGGUUGUAUUCAUAAGAUUCCAGGUCCUUCAGAAAAUGGCCACCCCAAAGCAGGCCCCUGAGGAGAGGAUUUCCCAGUUAGAUUAUGCUUUACUCUCUGAGGCGUCUCCUCUUCUGGGCCUCGAUGCCAUUCGUUUUGCAAAGAAUAUGGAGGAAGAGGAGCAGAGAUACCGCGUGAAAAUGCAGAAGGGGUAUAACGCACAAAUGCGCAGCGAAGUGACAAGGUUAAAGACUUUUGAGACAUACAGACGGGAUGGCUCGUGGACACCACAGGAGAUGGCAGCAGCUGGGUUUUACUUCACUGGGGUGAAAACUGGGAUUCAGUGCUUCUGCUGCAGCUUAAUCCUCUUUGGUACCAGCCUCAGGAGACUCCCCAUAGAAGACCACAAGACCUUCCAUCCAGACUGUGAGUUCCUUUUGAGCAAAGAUGUCGGUAACAUUGGCAAGUACGAAGUAAGGGUGAAGAGUCCAGAGAACAAGCUGAGAAGGGACAAAGCAAGGUACAAAGAAGAGGAGGCCAGACUUGAAUCCUUCAAGAACUGGCCAUUUUAUGCGCAAGCAACAACCCCACGUGUGCUUUCAGCUGCUGGCUUUGUCUUUACAGGUGAAAGGGACACUGUGCAAUGUUUUUCCUGUGAUGGAUGUUUAGGAAAUUGGGAAGAAGGAGAUGAUCCUUGGAAGGAACAUGCCAAGUGGUUCCCCAAAUGUGAAUUUCUUCAAAGAAAGAAAUCUUCCGAGGAGAUUGCCCAGUAUAUUCAAAGCUACAAGGGAUUUGUUGAUGUAACGGGAGAACAUUUCAUGAAUUCCUGGGUCAAGAGAGAAUUACCCAUGGCAUCAGCUUACUGCAAUGACAGCGUCUUUGCUAAUGAAGAACUGCGGCUGGACUCUUUUAAGAACUGGCCCCAGGAAUCAUCUGCAGGAGUUGCAGAUCUGGCCAAAGCAGGUCUUUUCUACACAGGGAUAAAGGACGUCGUCCAGUGUUUUUCUUGUGAAGGAUGUUUGGAGAACUGGGAGAAAGGUGAUGACCCAUUAGAAGAUCACACCAAAUAUUUUCCCAAUUGUCAAUUUAUCCAAAAUAUGAAGUCCUCUGCAGAAGUGAUUCCAGACCUUCAGAGCCAUGUUGAACUUUGUGAAUUAAUGGAAAGCACAAGUGAAAGCAAUCUUGAAGAUUCAGCUGCAGAUAGUUCUAUAUUGCCAGAGAUAGCACAGGGUGAACCCCAGUGGUUUCGAGAGGCAAAGAGUCUGAGUGAGCAACUGAGAGCAGCCUAUGUCAAUGCCAGUUUCCGCCACCUGCCUUUGCUUGAGAGCUCUUCUGGUCUAGUCACAGAUCACUUGCUGGGCUGUGAUCUGUCCAUUGCUUCAAAGGACAUCAGCCAUCUUGUACAAGAGCCCCUGGUAUUGCCUGAGGUCUUCACCAAUUUGAACUCUGUCAUGUGUGUGGAAGGCGAAGCUGGUAGUGGAAAGACGAUCUUCCUUAAGAAAAUAGCUUUUCUAUGGGCAUCAGGAUGCUGUCCCUUGUUAAACAGGUUCCAGCUCGUCUUCUACCUUUCCCUUACUGCUACCAGACCAGGCCAGGGGCUGGCUGACAUCAUUUCUGACCAACUCCUAGAGAAAGAAGGAUCUGUCACUGAAAUGUGCAUGAGGAACAUCAUCCAGCAGUUAAGAAAUCAGGUGUUAUUCCUGCUCGAUGACUACAAAGAGAUGGGCUCAGUCCCUCAAGACAUACAAAGACUGAUUCAAAAAAACCACUCAUCACGGACAUGCUUAUUGAUUGCUGUCCGUACAAACAGGGCCAGGGACAUCCGCCGAUACCUAGAUACAAUUCUAGAGAUCAAAGCGUUUCCCUUCUAUAAUACUAUCUGUAUAUUACGGAAGCUCUUUUCGCGUAACAUGACCCGUUUGCUAAAGUUUCUGAUUUACUUUGGAAGGCAAAAACCUUUGCAGGACAUUCAUAAAACUCCCCUUUUUGUAGCAGCAGUCUGUGCUAAUUGGUUUCAGUAUCCUUUUGAUCAGUCUUUUGAUGAUGUGGCUCUUUUCAAGUCCUAUAUGGAAUGCCUUUUCUUAAGGCACAAAACUACCAUUGAACUUCUCCAAGCAACCGUGUCCUCCUGUGGUGAGCUGGCCUUGAAAGGUUUUUUUUCAUCUUGUUUUGAGUUUAGUGAUGACCACCUCGCAGAAGCAGGGGUUGAUGAAGAUGGAGAUCUAACCGUGUGCCUGAUGAGCAAAUUUACAGCCCAGAGACUGAGACCAGUCUAUCAGUUUUUAAGUCCUGCAUUCCAAGAAUUUCUUGCUGCAAGGAGGCUGAUUGAACUCCUGGAUUCAGAUAGGCAUGCAGAUCAAGACUUGGGACUUUAUUAUUUGAAACAAAUCAACUCAUCCAUGAUGGCUCUAAAGCCCUACAACAACUUUUUGAACUAUAUCUCCAAUUGCCCUUUAACAAAGGCAGGACCAAAAAUCGUAUCUCAUUUACUUCAUUUGGUGGAUGAUAAAGAGUCAUUGGAGAAUGUAUCUGAAAAUGAUGACUACCUGAAGCACCAUCCAGAAAUGUCACCAGAAAUGCAAUUAAUUAGGCAAUUGUGGCAAAUGGUUCCACAAGCUUACUUUUCAUUGGUUUCAAAGCAUUUAUUGGGUCUUGCCCUAAAAAUUGCUUAUCAAAGCAACACUGUUGCUGCAUGUUCAUCACUUAUUUGGCAAUUCCUUCAAGGGAGAACCCUGACUUUGGAUGUACUUAAAUUACCGUACUUUUAUGAUUACCCAGAAAGCCUGCCAUUGAUGAGAAGCAUUCAGGUUUUCAUAAAAGGAAAUAAACAUCCACAUCGAGCAGAUUUUUCAGUCCUAGAAGCGUGUUUAGACAAAUCACAGGCACCAACUAUAGAUCAGGACUGUGCUUCUGCCUUCGAACCUAUGAAAGAGUGGGAGCAGAAUUUAGCUGAAAAAGAGGAUAUGAUAAAGAGUUAUAUGAAAAUCCAGCACACAGCACCCCCAGACAUCAGUACUGGCUACUGGAAACUUUCUCCAAAGCACUACAAAAUUCCCCUUCUGGAAGUCCAUGUGACUAAUGCUGAUGCUAUAGACCAGGAGAUGCUCAAGGUGCUAAUGACGGUUUUUUCAGCCUCACAGCACAUUGAGCUUCAUUUAACUCACAGCAGAGGCAUUAUCGAAAGUAUCCGCCCAGCUCUUGAGCUGCACAAAGCCUCUGUCACCAAAUGCUCCAUAGACAAAUGCGAACUCAGUGUGGCAGAACAAGAACUGCUUCUCACCCUGCCUUCCCUGGAAUCUCUGGAACUUGCAGGGACAAUCCAGGCACAAGGUACACUUGCAGACCAAAUCUUUCCUAAUUUGGAUAAGUUCCUAUGCCUGAAAGAACUAUCUGUGAAUCUGGAUGACAAAGUAAACGUUUGUUCAAUGAUACCUAAAGAAUUCUCAGACCUCCCCUGUAUGGAGAAAUUAUUGAUCCAAAUUUCAGCUGAGUUUGAUCUUUCUAAACUAGUCAAAUUGAUUCAGAAUUCUCCAAACCUUCAUGUUUUCCAUCUGAAAUGUAAUUUCCUUUCGGAUUUUGAGUCUCUCAUGACUGUACUUUCUUCUUGCAAGAAACUCAAAGAAAUGAAGUUUUCUGGACCAUUUUUUCAAAGCAUCCCAUUUGUUGCCAUUCUGCCAAAUUUUAUUUCUCUGAAAAUAUUAAAUCUUAAUAACCAACAAUUUCCUGACAAGGAAACAUCUAAAAAAUUUGCCUACACUUUAGGUUCUCUCAAGAACCUUGAAGAACUGAUCCUUCCAACUGGGGAUGGGAUUCAUCAAGUGGCCAAACUGAUCGUCCAGCAGUGUCGGCAGCUUCAGUAUCUUCGGGUCCUCUCAUUUUUCCAGACUUUGGAUGAUGACAGUGUGAUGGAAAUUGCCAAGGUAGCAAUUGAUGGAGGCUUCCAGAAACUUGAGAACUUAAAUCUUUCAAUCAAUCACAAGAUCACAGAGGAAGGAUACAGAAAUUUCUUUCAAGCACUGGACAACAUGCCAAACUUGCAAGAGUUGACCAUCACCAGGCAUUAUACUCACUGUAUCAAACCUCAGGCCACUACAGUAAAGUCUUUGAGUCAGUGUGUGUCACGACUGCCGCGCCUCACCACACUUAACAUGCUAAGUUGGCUCCUGGAUGCAGAGGAUAUCGCAUUGCUUAAUGUCAUGAAAGAAAGGCAUCCUCAAUCUAAACAUUUAAACAUUUUCUGGAAAUGGAUACUGCCGUUCUCCCCAAUCAUCCAGAAAUAAAAGAUUAAGCUAAAAAUUGCUGUAUCAAAAAAUUUUUGUAUCAAGCUGGGGGAAUAGGGGAGGAGGGAAGGGUGGAGAGAGGAGAUUAGUGUGCCAGUGGGCACCUAAUGGGCACAAUGUAAGGGUACAUGGCCACCUCCUGGGUGUGGGACACAGCUACAACAGGGACUUUACCUCACAAAUGCAAGCAUUGUAACCAAUCAUUUAUACCUUCAUAUUAAUCUGAAAUUUAAAAAAAUUAUUUUUGUCAAGAAUUCUAAAAACCUAAUUAUCCGGGUGGUGCCUGUAGCUCAAAGGAGUAGGGUGCCAGCCCCAUAUGCUGGAGGUGAUGGGUUCAGACCCAGCCCCAGCCAAAAACUGC